GUGCUCAAACGAAUCAUGAAAGAAGCUUCCUGUCAGGGCCUUGGACUACGGGGUCUCUCCCCAUUUGCCUCUUAGCCCGGAAGCUGAACGCACUUCCCUCUGAAUGGAAAGAAUCUAGUCUUCAAGGGGAGAGUCCCUCAUCCUCCAAGAUGGCUGAGGGGGGCUCUCCUUGCCAUUGUGCCCCCGUGAAUGACGAAAGUUGCUCUGCGGAUUCAGAAGAGCCUUUGGAUUUGUCUGGAGAAGCCGCAAGAACCAGGCAGGGCGUCCUGGAAGAAGCAGCCACCGGCUGGGUUGUCCCUCGUUGCCCUUUCAGGGAGCUCUGUUACCAGGAGGCUGAGGGACUCCGCGGAGUCUGCAGCCGACUCCACCAGCUUUACGGUCAAUGGCUGAGGCAAGAAUGCCGCCUGAACGCUCAGGUGCUGGACCUGGUGGUCCUGGAGCAGUCCCUGGCCAUCCUGCCCCCAGAGAGGGGGAGCUGGGUCUGGACGUCUGGAGCAGAGGCCGGGUCCCAGGCGGCGGCCCUGGCCGAGGGCUUCCUCCUGAGCCAUGCGGAGCAGAAGAUACAGCGAAAGGAGCAGGUUCCCGUGUCCUUUGAAGAUGUAACUGUGUUUUUCUCUGAGGAGGAGUGGGCUCUGCUGCAUUUUGACCAAAAAUCCUUGUACAGAGAGGUCAUGCUGGAAAAUGCUAAGAAUGUGGACUCUGUGGUUGACAGGCAGGACACUGAGGAUUAUAAAGAACCAGGUGCGAAAUCUUUGCAAAGAACUGAAACUGGAGAAGGGAUAUUGGAAAAUCAGCUGGACCCAAACAAGCCUGAGGAAAACCAGUUGAAGAAUAGGAUGGAGAAAUCUUCUAGUUUUCACUAUGGAGAAAACCACACCUUUCGUACCCAACAUCACAAAGAAAAAGGAAGCUGUUUAGAGGGUGGGAAAAUAUUCAGCAAUAAAUCAGACAUAUAUGAAUAUAGCAGAACCCACACUAAACAGAAGCAGCUUGACUGCCGGGAACAUGGAAAAAAUAGUGGCUUGAAUUUCUCUCUUACUUUACGUCAAAGCAUCAAGAUAGAAGAACCAUAUAAAUGUCCAGAGUGUGGGAAAAGCUUUAAUGAGAGCAGUACUUUUAACGCCCAUAAAAGAAUCCAUAGAGUGGAGAAGUCAUAUAAAUGCACAGAGUGCAGACAGAGUUUCUAUACAAGCAAUGAUCUUACUUUGCAUAAAAGGACCCACACAGGAAAGAAAUCAUAUAAAUGCGUGGAAUGUGAAAAGACAUUCAAUACAACCAGUGAUCUUACUUCCCAUCAAAGGAUCCACACAGGGGAAGAGCCAUAUAAAUGCACAAAAUGUGGAAAGAGCUUUACUCAAGACAAAGAACUUACAGCCCAUAAACAGGUCCACACAGGGGAGAAGCCAUAUAACUGCACGGAGUGUGGAAAGAGCUUUACCACAAGUGGUUCCCUUACUUCCCAUAAAAGGAAUCACACAGGGGAGAAACCGUAUAAGUGCAUGGAAUGUGGGAAGAGCUUUAGAAUUAGGAGUGAUCUUUCUUCCCAUAAAAGGAUCCAUACAGGGGAGAAACCAUAUCAAUGCAUGGAGUGUGGAAAAAGCUUCAGUUGGAGCAGUAACCUUACUUCUCAUAAAAGGAUCCACACGGGGGAGAAACCAUAUAAGUGCACGGAGUGUGGAAAGGGUUUUAGCCAGAGCACUUCCCUUACUUCACAUGAAAGGAUCCAUACAGGGAUGAAACCAUAUCAAUGCAUGGAGUGCAGAAAGAGAUUCAGUACAAGCAGUGAACUAAUUUCCCAUAAAAGGAUCCACACGGGAGAGAAACCUUAUCAGUGCAUUGACUGUGGAAAGAGUUUUAGAGACUUGAGUUCCUUUAUUUCACAUAAAAGGUUCCACACCGGGGAGAAGCCAUAUAAAUGCAUUGAGUGUGGAAAGAGCUUUACUAAUAGCAGUCAACUUACCUCCCAUAAAAGAAUCCACACAGGGGAGAGGCCGUAUAGCUGCACGGAGUGUGGAAAGAGCUUCACCACAAGUGGUUCCCUUACUUCCCAUAAAAGGAUCCACACGGGGGAGAAGCCAUAUAAGUGCAUGGAAUGUGGGAAGAGUUUCAGCCAGAGUGCUUCGCUUGGUUCCCAUGAAAGGAUCCAUACAGGGAUCAAACCAUAUCAAUGCAUGGAUUGUGGAAAGAGCUUCAGUAACAGCAGUCAUCUUAGUUCUCAUAAGAGGACCCACUCAGGGGAGAAACCAUAUCAAUGCACAGAGUGUGGAAAGAGCUUUUAUACAAGCAGCUCACUGAUUUCACAUAAGAGGAUCCACUCUGGCGAGAAGCCGUAUCAAUGCACAGACUGUGCAAAGAGUUUCAAUACAAGCAGUUCCCUGACUUCCCAUAAGAGGAUCCACUCUGGCGAGAAGCCAUAUCAAUGCACAGACUGUGGAAAGAGUUUCAAUACAAGCAGUUCCCUGACUUCCCAUAAGAGGAUCCACACGGGAGAGAAACCAUAUAAGUGUAAGUGUGGAAAGAGUUUCAGUCAGAGCACUUCCCUCUCUUUUCAUAAAAGGAUCCACGCAAGGGAGAACCCACUUGCCAGCAUAUAAUAUGGAAUGAGCUUCAUUGAUAGUGAACUUCUCAUAAAAAGAGCCAUAUGGGGGAGAGGCCAUAUACAUGUAUGCAGUGUGGAAAGAACUUUAGUGAUUCCAUUUCUGAUGGAAUGCCAAAAUGGAAAGGAGGUGGAUUAUGAUUAGAGAAAAGGAGUUAGAGUGGAGGAAGGGGAAGAGAAGGGAUAAGAUGAAGGAGAUUACAGGAAAGCUUUGGAAGAGCUUCAAGUUAGUACAAGAGGGAGGCCAAGAUCUUGUCUGUGUAGUAGGCACAGCGUAGCUGGAUUUGAUGGCAUCUAACUGAGCGUAUGCCCCAAAUAUUAUCCCAUCUGCAGCGAGAUAUUAGGAAUGCCCAGAUUUUUAUUAAACCAGAUUUUUAUUGCGAGACUGGUUUAUCCUUGCUUGUUUGCAGAAAUUUAACUGUUUCUCUAAGGCCUAAGGUGGACUUCUCUCUCUCCUUUUCCUUUCUGUAUCCACUUAUUUCUUCCUGUCAUACACCUCCAGUCCUAUUCCUCUCUGCAUUUCCCCCCAUCUAUUUCC